UCUCAAAAGGUUUUAGCUUUUUAUUAUUUACAUCUCUCUGAUCAUCAAUCAUCAAUCGGAGAAGGCGAUCUUCAAAUGCUUGAUUUUAGUUCCCGUUCCUCGAGGUAGAUUGGUUCUUUGGUGAGAUGGGACACCAAAUCACUUAGGUUUCUAUCUAUCUUCAGAAGAGAUAUCAUGGCUUCUUCUGGAUUGGGAAACGGAGUAGGCAGUUCGAGAUCUGCCAAAGGUGUAAAGACCUCUUCUAGUUCAGUCGAUUGGUUGACGAGAGAUUUGGUUGAGAUGAGGAUAAGGGACAAAGUAGUGACUGAUGAUGAGAGGGAUAGUGAACCAGAUAUUAUUGAUGGGGCUGGUACUGAACCUGGACAUGUGAUCAGAACCACAGUCCGUGGACGAGAUGGUCAUUCAAGACAGACAGUCAGUUACAUACCAGAACAUGUAGUUGGUACUGGUUCAUUUGGCACUGUUUUCCAAGCCAAGUGUAGGGAAACUGGGGAGAUUGUUGCCAUCAAGAAGGUUCUACAAGACAAGCGGUACAAGAACAGGGAGCUACAAAUUAUGCAGAUGCUAGACCACCCCAAUGUCGUUGCUUUAAAGCAUAGCUUCUUCUCGAGAACAGAUAACGAAGAGGUUUAUUUGAAUCUUGUCCUUGAGUUUGUGCCUGAGACCGUCAACCGUGCUGCGAGAAGUUACAGUAGGAUGAAUCAGCUGAUGCCAUUGAUAUACGUUAAGCUCUACACCUAUCAGAUUUGCAGGGCGCUUGCUUACAUCCAUAAUUGCUGUGGUCUUUGUCACCGUGAUAUUAAGCCUCAAAACCUGCUAGUGAACCCACAUACGCAUCAGCUAAAAAUCUGUGAUUUCGGGAGUGCAAAAUUGUUGGUGAAAGGAGAACCCAAUAUAUCUUACAUCUGCUCCAGAUACUAUCGUGCUCCAGAACUCAUUUUUGGCGCCAGCGAAUACACAACUGCAAUUGAUAUAUGGUCCACUGGUUGCGUGAUGGCUGAACUGCUUCUUGGACAGCCUCUGUUUCCUGGUGAAAGCGGAGUCGAUCAGCUUGUUGAAAUCAUCAAGGUUUUAGGCACACCAACAAGGGAGGAAAUCAAGUGUAUGAAUCCAAACUAUACAGAAUUUAAAUUUCCCCAGAUAAAACCUCACCCAUGGCACAAGGUCUUUCAAAAACGUCUACCACCAGAAGCGGUUGAUCUUCUAUGUAGGUUCUUCCAGUAUUCCCCUAAUUUGAGAUGCACAGCUUUGGAAGCUUGUAUUCAUCCGUUGUUUGAUGAGCUAAGGGACCCAAACACUCGUCUUCCCAAUGGCCGGCCACUUCCUCCGCUUUUCAACUUCAAACCUCAAGAGCUAUCUGGCAUCCCUUCAGAAAUCGUGAACCGGCUUGUCCCAGAGCAUGCCCGUAAGCAGAACUUGUUCAUGGCUUUGGACGCCUAAGCUCUCUCUUGAUAUGUGGUAUUCGGAGGAGGCAGAAGGCAUUCGUACACCGUCUUGGUCUUGGCUUUUGUUUAUCUUAGUGAGUUGUUUUCUCCUUUUUUUGUUUGGUUACAGGGAAAUGAGGAUAUGAAUACAAACAGUACUUGAGGUUUGCUAGUUACAAACCAUCUGUUUGUUUCACGGCCAGAUUAUAUAAUAACCCAUUCUGUUUGCCAAA